AUGGAGAGGAUCUCGUGUCGAUGGAACGCCGACUUAGUGCACGGCGCUUCUGAAAUUAUCGGGGAACACGUUCGAAUAGAAUUUGAGGAAAUGAGUUUAUCCGGUCGUGAUUCACAGAAUAUGAUGCAUUUUCACACACCAGCUAGUGCAAUGAGUAUAAGUAGCUAUGAUAUGAUCGGAGGUGAUCCAGAAAGAACAUAUAAAAUCGUAUUCGCUGGAGAUGCGGCCGUUGGAAAAACUUGUUUUAUACAUCGUUUUUGUAAAGGCACCUUCUCAACAAAACUUGGAUCUACUUUAGGUGUUGAUUUUCAAGUUAAAACAAUCAGAGUUGAUGAUCGAAAUGUAGCAUUACAAUUGUGGGAUACAGCUGGUAAAAUUUAA